UUAUCCCUACUAUGAGCAUGUAAAAUAAUAUUAUUUAAUUGUUGAGGGGCUUUUUCAGUAAACGUCUAGCCGACAUCGAUAGCGACUCGAGAACUCUUCCCGAUCGGUAUCUGAAACCCUUUGGCCCCACUCACGUAACCGCAUCGCCUCCUCAAACGAGCAGGUCUUGGCGAAGCAGAAGCAUUGGCUGAGAUCUCGUUCUCUCUUCUUCUUCUCCGGCUAUCUUUUCUUGCUUUGUUUCCCAGCCAUUGAAUUUGAAGUAUCCCAGUAUCACAAGUUCAGCAUAAGACGAGGAAAGAGGGGCAAAGAAAAUACCUUAAACAAAGCAAGGCAUUUUCUGACAUCGGACAAUGAUUGCUGUUGGGCUUUCAGCUUCUCCACGAUGGCUGUUGGCACUGAGGGAAGGAAGAGGAAGAGGAAGGUCGAGCGACCGGGUGCUGAUGACCGACUCAGGCCUCACAUGCCAGUCAAGAAGGCGAUAGAAUAGGUAAAGAACAGCCUUUCCGCUCCCAUGGAAUUGCCUACCUCCCUUUACGUCGAAGCCGAUGACCCCGAUUUCCCCAGAGGUGGAGGGGUCGUUCCGAGUCCGAAUGAGGAGGCAGGGGCUCGGAUGGAAGCGGAAGACGUGUUUGAAAGGGGGAAGAAGGAUUCGAGGAAGAAGGCCAAGACGGGGAAGAAGGGGUCGAAGAGACCGCCAGCGGAUAUUGAGGAUGAUUUGACUUCUUUUUUCGGCAAUGAUGUUAGGUUUGAUCCCGAGUGCCCUUUAAGAUUGAUGUAGAUAGACAGAGAAUGACCCUUGUAAUGAAGAACUCGUAUAUUGGGAUUGCCAAUGAUGUUGACAUGGGACGUGAUAUCGGUGAUGAUCAUGAUGUUGCUUCUUCCAUGGAAGAUGUCUUGCUUGGCUUGCAUAAUAAAGAUAGCUUACCUGACUCUCAAAAGAUUUCUGGGCAUGAUAAUGGAGGCUGUGAGAAUCUCAUUCAAUCAGGAACAAGGGUUUCUGUUCCUCCUCUUCAGGUUAUCCUUAAUGAUUUGGAAUCCUCUGAUGGUGAUAAUUCUGUAAUUGCAAAUCACAAUGAUGUUAAUGAGAAUUGUGAGGUUGCCAAAAGGAACAGAUACAUGAAGAAAAAGGUCAAGGAGGAAAAGGAGCUAAAAAUUAGUGCUUCUGAAGAGAGGCUACUGAAGGAUGACAUGCCAAGAACAGAAGAUGAAAUUGAGAAAUUGGUUAGGGUCUCUCCUAAUUGUAGUUUUGUCUGGAUAAAGUACAUGGCUUAUAUACCCUCUCUGGCAGAUAUUGAGAAAGCAUGCUCUAUUGCUGAAAGGGCUUUGAGAACAAUAAACAUUUGUGAGGAGGGAGAGAAACUCAACAUUUGGGUGGCAUAUUUUAACCUAGAAAACAAAUAUGGAAGUCAACCAGAGGAGGCUGUAAAGAAGAUUUUCCAAAGGGCACUACAAUGUUGUGAUCCAAAAAAGCUGUAUCUAGCUCUUCUAGGAGUGUAUGAAAGGAACGAACAACAAGACCUGGCAGAUGAACUCCUUGCAAGCAUGACAAAAGAGUUCAAGCACUCAUGCAAAGAGAUCCGUUUGGGUGAUGAGGAAGUAUUUCAUGCCUUAUUUGAGAGGGCAACAUGCUUAAGUUUGCCACCCAAAAAAAUGAAGUUCCUGUUCACAAAGUAUCUUAACUAUGAAAAAGCCCAUGGUGACGAAGACCGGGUUGAACACGUCAAGCGGAAGGCAUUGGAAUAUGCCGACACUUACACAAGUUACAAUCUAUGUGCUGUUAAUGUGGAGAAAGUCAACCGGAUCCGUGACAAAGCUUUCCUGCAAGGUACUUGAGUUUCUUCACAACCUGCCUUUGUGGAUUCAGCCAAUUCUUUACCUGAAGAGUCUGCUAUGAAGUUUGCAGUUGCAGCAGCCAGUUCACAAAUGUAAAUGUCUGCGAAGAAGGUAUCCAGAUCCCGUUGUGAAUGGCAGUUGACAGAAAUGUAAUUUUUGAUAGCAGCAAAGCCGCCGUAUCAACUGUUUGAGAUCUUAUCUACAUCCUGAGAGUUUCGUUUCUGGCAAUUUGAUUUCGAAUUCUUCUGUAAA